UGGGAUGGCCUAACCAAACCCUACCUAGUUACUGCUUGGCGGUCUGCUCAAGGAAGCAAAGUGGUUGCGCAGACGUCGACGGCGAGGCAGAACCGAAUCCGAUGGCGCUCCCGCUGCCCCUCCUCCUAGUCGCGCUGCUCCUGCCGGCCGCCCGCGGAGCGGAGACGCCGCAGUACACGACGGUGCACGCGGAGUCGGACUUCGAAGUGCGGCUCUACCGCGACACCGUCUGGAUGUCCGCCCCUGCCCCCGACAUCCCCUCCUUCCACACCGCCACCAAGCUCGGCUUCCACCGAUUGUUCCAAUACUUGAUGGGCGCAAACCUCAACUCUUCCAGGAUCAGAAUGACCACCCCUGUUCUUACAAGUGUGGUUCCAGGUGCAGGGCCCCUGCAUUCUUCAGCCUACUUUGUCCGUCUCUACUUACCAGUAAAGUUCCAGGCUUCCCCUCCUGUUCCUCUCCCAGAACUGAACCUCCACCCGGACAGAUGGCCAGGCCACUGCAUUGCAGUGAGGAGCUUCUCAGGUUAUGCACGAGACAACAACGUGGUUGAGGAAGCUGAGAAGCUUGCUAUGAGCUUGAGCCGGUCGCCCUGGGCUAACUCCACAAAGUACCCUAGCAAGAAUGCGUACUCGAUUGCACAGUACAGCAGUCCAUUCCGCUUCAUCGGCCGUGUCAAUGAGGUGUGGUUUGAUGUCGACUGCAAGUCUACUGGCGUGGAGACGUACUGAGAACCAAGUGUACUGCGCAUCAAUAUCAUGUAAGCUGUGGAAAACUUUGUGUACAUGUGUACUUUGUAAUGGUAACGGUGAAUGUCAAAUGUAGCGCGUGCAACUGUAUAAAAUGUGUCACAAGCUCAGCUCAGAGUGAUGUUGCCUGUGACUUGGGAGUGUGUGAUUAACAUGAUGAUGCCACUGAUCGUUCUAGUCAUGUCUUCUCUAUAUGUUUAUCCUUGGGGUAUUUGUAUU